AUGGAUCCGAGGCUUCUGUGGCUCGACCUGACCCUUCAGGAAACACGGGACCUGGGCGAGAGCCUUGCACCGCCGCCGGUGCUGUUUGGCCACGCCAGCAAUACCGAUUUGCAGAGAACUCCCGAAAACAGAGCCUACAUGUUCGCCAAUGCUCUGGCUGACAACUUACAGAGAACAGAACACCCCCAGUCCGAGGACUCCAUCAGCUUGUCGCUCACGGCACAGGAGCUUACGUUGGAGGAAAGCAAAACGUACAUGCGCUGGUACCUGGACAUCUUGGCCCGGACCAAUCUGCGGACAAUCUCCAUGAACGACGUGUACCAGUUUCUCAGCAACUUCCGGCUUCUGGCCGACGCUCAGGAGAAAAUCAACCGCUUGUUCUCCAAGAUCCUACAUCUGAUCAACAUUGGCGAGUUCUUUGCCUUGCUAAGGGUUGUCUCGCAUACCUUGGCUGGCGAGGAGCCCAGUCGAAGGCUUAUCAAGAUCCAGACCUCGGUGCCUACGCCCCCGUCGAUUUUGCUGAAAAAGCGCCAGAAUGACGACGAGGAGGAGCCCAAGGAGCCCGAGCCGGUGGCUGAACUGCCCUCGAAGCCUCUUGACCUCGACCUGUUCACCCAGUUCAUGCUCACCGGUGAACGUCCCGACGAAAGAAUACCGAAGAAACGCUCCAAGAAGCUCAAGCUGGUCAAGUUCAGCGACCAGAUCGUCACAGACGUCCACGAUCCCGCCUCCGACAGACAGCAGAACGCUCAACCUCCAGGCGAGCUCGACUAUCUGCUCCCUAUGGACCAGCUCAUGAAUAGACUCAAUGCCUCCAAGGCAGGCCCUUCUGGAAGCAGUCUACAGGUGCCUCGCUCGUCACCGGGCCCAAUUCACUCGCCCGACCCUGAAGAAAAGCAAAUUCUUCGUGAUAUGGAGCCCCAGAUGAACCAUUUCCAGAACUUGAACUCGGUCGACACCAUGCUGGUCGACGGUGUCCCAGCAAACAUCCAUUUGGGCAGACAGGGCUACACUCCGCUGCCCCAAGAGGGCCUGCUGCUGCCUCAGCCCCAGCUUCUCCAGCCGAACAUGACUGGACCAGCGCAAAUGGCCCAACUCAUUGGACGCCCCGAAAACGAGCCCCAGCCUUCGCCGCUUCGAUCACAAGUUACGGGACCUAACGACAUGGCCCGUUUCCUACCGCCCGAACAGAAUGGCGAAAACCAGCCUCGUGUUUCGCUUCAAUCGUUCACUUCUCAAAUGACCGGCGAUACUCUCGACAAUACCGCCCAUAACGCACGCAUAGCUGAUGCAAAGCUGCCUCCACCUCCACCACCGGUCCCUGCAAGACGCUCUCGCUCGGUCUCGCAGCCAAACUCGGUUCAGAUCGAUCAGCAUUCCUACCAGCAUGAACCCACUAACGGCGAUUACAACAACGAAGCAUCUCAACGUCACAGAUCAGCAUCUCUUUCGCCAGCAAUUAACGGACCUCCAGUUCCGCCUAGAUCUCCGCUCAACUCUCGCCCUGGACCACCACCUCCUCCACCUUCAAGAAGAAGAGGAAACUCCAACGCUGUCGCUGAUGAUAGGCCACCUUUGCCUCCUAAAGUACCCGAACAGCAGAUAUACCAGAACCUGGACGGCAGCUCCAGUACAGCCAACAUACUAGACGAUUUGAAGGCCCUCCAGGAAGAAGUCGACAAGAUUAGAGACAUGACUGGCGGGUUUUAA